CUAAUUGUUGUGAUAAACUUAUUAAAUAGAUCAACAUGUCGCCUGCUGCUGAAAACGAACCAGGAGUGGGAUUCAGCAACCUGCCUAAUCAGUAUCAUAGAAAAUCAGUAAAGAAAGGAUUUGAGUUUACUUUGAUGGUUGUAGGUGAAUCCGGUCUGGGUAAAAGCACUCUAAUCAGUAGUUUAUUCCGUAAAACAGAGCUCAUCAAACAGAGAUCUACAAAUGGAAAAACAGAUAAAAUCCCAGAAACAGUGCAAAUCGAAACCAAGUCCGUGCUCAUUGAAGAAAAGGCCGUGAAAUUAAGACUUACUGUUGUUGAUACUCCCGGAUUCGGAGACAUGCUGAAUAAUACUGACUGCUAUAAAACGAUCAGCAAGUACAUCGACGAGAGAUUCGAACAGUACUUGAAAGACGAGAGUGGCUUGAAUCGAAGAAACAUUACAGAUACAAGGGUUCACUGUUGCUUCUACUUCAUCAACCCCUCGGCUCAUGGUCUUCGACCGAUCGACGUAGAAUUCAUGAAGAACCUGUGUGACAAAGUGAACAUUGUUCCCGUGAUAGCGAAGAGCGACACACUGACUACAGCUGAAGUGGCUGCUAUGAAGAAGCAGCUUUUGCACGAGAUAGAAGAACAUGGAAUCCGUGUGUAUAGAAUACCAGAUGCGGAAUCGGACGAGGACGAGGAGUACAUUGCUCAGAACAAAGAACUGCAGAUGAGUACGCCAUUUGCUGUGGUUGGUUCCAAUAUGGAAGUAGAGGCUAGCGGGGGUAAGAUGGUGAGAGGAAGAAAGUACCCUUGGGGUGUGGUGGACUUGGACAACCCUGCUCAUUGUGACUUCAGAAAACUACAGGCCAUGAUUAUUACUCACAUGCAAGAUAUGCAAGAAGUCACCCACGAAGUGCACUACGAGAGCUUCCGUGCCAGAAAACUUUCUCAUCCUACCAGUGAAUUGUCAUCUAGUCCAGCCGUUAAAUACGCUGUUGCGCAUUCUCCGGGCUUCCGUGAAGCUGCGUGCGAUGCUGCUCUAAAUCAUGACCUUGCCAGACGCGAUAGUAAGAGCGUGUCCAGGUCAAAUACGCUUGCUAAGAGCGACGAAACAUUCUCCCAAGACGAAAAGAAACUAGCAGAGAAGGACAAGAUGCUUGUGGAGAAGGAAAAUGAGCUUAAAAGAAUGCAAGAGAAGUUGGCCAAGAUGCAGCAAGAAGUGGAAGAUGCGAAGAGAAGCACCAGCAGUCUAGCCUCGGUGGGAUCUGUAGGGGGUACUGGCGGAUCCAGUGCAACUGCAGCCCCUGCUCCCCCGAACACAGCACCCCCUCCUAUCCCCAACACAAAGCCAAUGGGAAGUGGGUAUCCCUCCAGUAUGAACUACGCGUCCAGUUAUAACAGGAGUGCGCUGGGUGGAGGUAUGGCGAGUUCGCUUGGAGCCAAGACUUCUUCCAACAAAUAAAAAAUAUGCAAGUUUCGUUCUGGUAUAGUCAUUUGAAUUAGCUGUGAUUGAAUGCCUUGCUGCUAUUCAAUAUUAUUGAAGUGUUCAUAGUUAGUAAAUUUGAAUGCUUUCUGCUCAAUCAAUUGCUGUAAUUUACUCCCGGUCACGUUAAGUGAUUGGGUUAAGCCGAGGUCAAUUUGGCCGAUGAAUCAUAUUUGUCAUCAAUCUAUCAUCAUAUUAAUUCGACCAUCAAUUGUGUUUGUUCAAUGCAUGCUGCUGACGACCUUAUUGCAACUCACUUUGCGUCCCUGAAAUCCAAGUCGUUAAGUAGGUAAAAACGGUGCAGUAAUUUUCCUCAGCUAGAGUUUUCUAGUGUGCAAUAUUAAUUUGAUAAUUAUAGUUCUAUAUAGCUCAUGUUUAUCAUGCUGCACCUGUUGAAACAUUUUUUUUCUGGAAAAUGGGGUUUCAUUCUAACCCAACUUGAACUGAUCUUUGUAAUUUCAAUAAUUAAAUGCUUUUUUUAUGAUUUCAAUUAUUUAUUGCUGCAAUUUUGCGAGCUUUAUUUGCAUGUUUUGUACUAUCCGGCAAACAAUCUAUUUUAAUUAAAUAAACCUUUUGAGCCGAUUUUUGC